AUGUGUGGCGGAGACAUCUUGGCCCAGGACUGCAGUGACCGGUUUGGUGCCCUCGCAGUGCUGAGCCCAUUGUCUGAAACCUCACCACGGAGCCCGGCUGGCCAGCAAGGCUUUUCUGGAAGCAUCGUCUUCUUCAACGAUGCCGACCACGACUGCCAGCUGGCGACGCACUUACGGUUCUCGCCGUCCGAAUCGCUGGCCGGUGAACAGGGCUGCCGUCUGUUUGUGAACAUCCACGAGUUUGGCGACCUCAGCACGCCACAUGUCUGCAGCGGUCAUAGUGUCGGUGCCAUUGCGCUGUGGCCGGAAUCCAGCCUGGCUGACCGGCCCGUCUCUGCUCGGCAUGUCCCCGUCACCCGGCAGCUAGAGCAGCCGCUGUAUCUGCAUGUCGGACACGACCGACACGGAAACAACGGCAUCAUCGGCCGUCGAGUUACUGUGUGCUGUGCUUCGGCGGAAGAUGGCCAGAUGGCCUCCACUGCAGUGUUGGCCGAGGGCAUCGUUGGCUAUAAUUCAAACUUGUAG